AUGGAUCAGUCGGGGCCCAGAGGACUAGCCCUGUUCAGGUCUGAGCACUAUUUAAGUCCUGAUAUGCAGAGACCUGUGGAGGUGUGGUGGGGGUCUGAGCAGGAGGCAGAGCACCUUCACAGGAGGCAGAUGAUAAACUCCACAGACUUCUCUUCCUUCACACUCGCUGCGUACUCAGACAGGGACCGGUCUGAGUCCUGGUCUGCCCUGGUGAUCAUGUUCUUAUAUGUGCUGAUUGUCUCCUCUAACCUCUUCCUCCUGGUGGUGAUCGGUCUGAACCGCAGCCUCCAUGAACCCAUGUACCUCUUCCUGUGCAGCCUGUUUGUGAACGAGCUGUACGGCAGCACGGCUCUGUUCCCUCUGCUCCUGGUCCAGGUCCUCUCUGAGGUCCACACGGUCUCUGUUCCCUUCUGCUUCCUGCAGGUCUUCUGUGUGUACACGUAUGCAAACGUUGAGUUCUGUAACUUAGCCGUCAUGUCGUACGACCGGUACCUCGCGAUAUGUUUCCCUCUGCACUAUAACACCCUCAUGACCUCCAACAGAGUGGCCGUGCUCAUCGCUGUGAUCUGGCUGUACCCGGUCCUGGGGAUCACGGGUCUGAUAUCUCUGAGCGCGUCUCUGCAGCGGUGUGGGAACGUCAUCAACAAGGUGUACUGUGCCAACUACUCCAUCGUCAAACUGGCCUGCAGCGACACCGCCGCCAACAACGUCUACGGCAUGGUGUACACGGCGGUGACCAUCUGUGUGGUUCUGUUCAUCCUCUACACCUACAUGAGGAUCCUCAGAGUCUGUUUCUCUGGAUCCAAGCAGACCCGGCAGAGAGCGGUCAGCACCUGUACCCCCCACGUGGCCUCCCUGUUAAACUUCUCCUGUGGGUGUUUCUUUGAGAUCAUUCAGAGCAGGUUUGAUAUGGUCCAUGUUCCUCCCAUGGUUCGGAUCUUCCUGUCUCUGUACUGGCUCACGUGUCAGCCGCUCUUUAACCCCGUGGUGUACGGACUGAAUCUGACUAAGAUACGCUCCCUCUGUAAAAAUCUGCUUCUGAGUAAAGUCUGACGGCAGAGACAUGUCACAGACUGUUUCUUUAAUGGACUGAUAAAUGA